AUGCAGACUUCCAAAAAAGUGUGCGCCCUCAAGGAUGGCGAUUGCCUGCGCUCGGACUCGGCGUCGUACUUCCAGCUGUCUCCCGGGGGCUACGACCCGACCAAAGGCAUGGACGGUGCCCACUGCCAGAACCUGUGCGCCUCAAUAUCGGCGCCCUACUCGGGCAUCCAGUCCAACCGAUACUGUCUCUGCUCCGACGAUCCCUUCGCGGAGCGGCUGACGGCCACCAAGAAGGAUGUGUGCGACAAGGGCGAGCAGCUGUCGACGCGCUUCUUCCACUCCGACCUGUUCUCGCCCGUCGAGGGGCUGCGCGUGAUGCCAUCGUCCUCGGUGGUGAGCGUCGGCGAAGAAGUGACGCUGCACCUGGCCGUCAAGUCCGGCCGCAAUGCCACCGUGCUGUUCAACUUCGGCGACGGGCUGCCCGGCACGCGAGGCACGCUGAACACCGAGCCCCGUUACAUCUACUGGAGGCCGGGCACCUACAAGAUCGUCGUGCUCGCUACGCCAGUCGGUGCCUCGGACUUGUACACGGUUCGAGCGGAGGCCAUGGUGGUGGUGACCACGGCUCCAGACGAGGACUCGGUGCAUUGGAAUUGCCCCGCACUGGUGGAGCCCGGGGCGGGUUUCACCUGCCACCUGAGCGUGAGCGCGGGCGCAGACAUGACCGCCGAGGUCGACCCUGGCGACGGCUCGCGGCGUCAGGUCAUGAAGCUGCCCGACGUGGUGCCCGUGUCCAUGGGCGAGCCUGUGCCCCAGUUCCAGACGGAGGAGGUCGUGGCGGACGAGGACGACUCUGCCGACUCCGGUGUCCUGCCGCUGGCACGCACCGUGCACUCGGGCCAGAUUGACGUCAUCCACGGAUACGGAAGCGUCCCCGGAAAGAUGGACAUACUGCUUCUGCGUCCCACGUGCCAAGGCUGCACGUUCCUGGGCAACAACGUCACCUGCCACGAGGGGGCCUCCCUGUGCUCGCAGGAAGCCAACUGCCUGCGCAGCGACCAGUGUCCCAAGAAUGAGGUGUACUCCAUCUACAAGAUGGUCGAAACCAUCUCCAUCAUGGUCAACAAGGGAUACUUUGUGCACCGCCUCUCCAGCCCCGUGCCCAUAGUCUCCGGAGACAUCCUGGGCUUCACAACUUCGGGCGGCCGGUUGGCGUACCGGGCCACUCGCAGCGGCGAACCCUCGGACUUGGUCAAACGCAACCAACUCAAAGGUCAGGCCGUCCGCACGGACGACCUGCUGGAGAUAGGACGGCGCUACCUGGUCGGCGCCCUGCUCACUUCUUCUGUGAACCUCACCUACGACUACCUCUACGUAGAGCCCGGCGCAUACGAGUUCAGAAUCAGUCUACAAAACAGGCACCACGACACUACUGUACGCAAGAUGGCGGACGUGAGUAGCCAAGAAAAACUGACCAGCUUCCGGCUGGAGGUGUCCAGGAAUCAAGUGCCGACGGGGACUGAAGUCGAGAUUACUGCCCGCAUGUUCGGUGGGAGUGACGUUACAAUGGUGUGGAAUUUCGGUGAUGGUCACACCACUAAGGAAGUUGUUAAAAGCGUCCUAGCGGGACAGCGUUUCCUGAAGAAGCACAUAUUCAAGGAGCCCGGCACGUACGUGGUGCAGGUGAAUUCGUCCAACCUGCACGGGAACUUCAUCGCCCGCCGGAGUGUCUCCGUCCAGAGGCCCGUCACCGAGGCCUGGGAGCUCUUCACGAACUCACCGGUCAUCCUACCGGAGGCCAUCUACCUGACAUUGACCUACCCCAAAACGGAGAAGCUCCCCACAGACGCCGUGGCGCGAAUAGCGUUUGGCGACCGCCAGAAGAGCAAGUGGAAAGUGCCCAGCGAGUCCGCCGAGAAAGUGUCACAGAAGUUCAGCCACGUGUACCUUCGGCCGGGACACUACAACGUUGCCGUCAACAUCUCCAACCUGAUAUCGCACUACGUUCUCACGACCAGGGUGGAGACUGCCACUCGAACCACGGGUCUGCUGGCCAAGGUUCAGUUCCAGCCGACGGACGACGCACCGCUCCGGGUCGGGCUCGGGUCGGCCAACGACAUCUUCCCGACCACGCGACCCGUCGUGUUCACGGUCAAGACGGGAACCGGCGUUGUGGAAAUGUUCAUUAUCGAGACUGCCAAGGGACAGCUUCUGGCCAACGGUACGGGCAAGACACUGAAGUAUACGCUCAACUUUCCUGAGCCAGGCCAGCACGACGUAUUUGUAUACGCCUGGAACCACGUGCAACAUAGAACGGAUCCCUUCGUCGUCAGUUUCCGUAGCAUGGAACCCAUUGAAGGACUGGAUGUCUACAUGAAUGAUACUACUCCCAAGGACGAGCACAUCCGCAACUUCAUGGUGACCUUCGACCUGAGGGGCACCGAUACGUGCGUCGUGGUGGACUACGGUGACGAGUCGCCCAAGCGGGCCUACGGCUCUCGCUCCCAGUGCUUCACGCGAUACCGGCCCGAGCAGUUCCAAUUCGAAGGAGACCUCGAGACCCCGCUCUGGCUGCAGAACAUCUACGAGCGCGGGUUCGACUACGUCUUCACCCUGCUGGCCUUCAACGACAUCAGCGAGCAGACGAGUGUGCUCAACUUCACGGUGAACAACGAACCGUGCAAGCCACCCAUUAUCAAGAUACGCAACCAAGUUCUGGACCCUGCAAACGCUACCGUUUUUUACAGAUUACACCCGGUGGAGCUGUAUACUUUCACGUCCGUCGAGUGCAACAUCUCCAUCGACGUGACGCGGGCCUGGGAGGCGUUCCUCCUGAACGAGACUGGCGACCCCAUACGGCAGAUCGACUUGACCAUGCUCGACUCACGCACAAAGUCGAUGAUCUUCCUUCCUGAAUUCUUCCUGGAGGCCGGGCUCUACAAGCUGCGCUACAACGUCAACAUGAGCGCACCGAGAGCCAAGCCACCCAUGUUCCACAAGCGUUUCGCCGAGACCUACAUAGAAAUGAAGCCUUCGCCUCUGCUGCCUCAAAUGUCCAACGGCGCUCAGUCAAGGAUAACCAGGGGCUUCCCCCAAACACUCACGCUCAAUCCAGGCAACUAUUCCAUCAACCCUGACGACCCCUCUGACAAGAACUUCAGCGUGACCUGGUUCUGCCGCCGGGUUCCCAACGAGGUCAUCAACCGGACCGUGCCGGACGACGAGCAGAACGUGACGGAGCCCCUCUACCACCGGCUACGCAGCCUCGACAACAUCACGGCCAAGGGUCACGACUUCGACGUGGCCGGCUUCCUCGCGGCAGAGGACUUGGAAGACCGGGGCGGCUGCUUCGGCACAGGCCCAGGCCGGAUCAACAUCACUGGCGGAGACCUGGAGUGGAGCACCAUAGUGUUCUAUAAGCCUAAUGCCACUUACGAGAUACUGGCCAAGCUGGAGAAGCCAGACCGUCCACCGUCCUGGGGAGCCAUACAGCUUGUGCUUAUGGAGAAAGUCCCACCUUCCAUCAGUGUUCAGUGCCAGACGGAGAAGCUGUGCUACCCCAACGACCCUAUCGGUCAGAAGAUCAACCCUGUACGCGUGGGCCUCAUCGGGCUCUGCAUCGAAAACUGCGACGGGGAGAUGAUCUACAACUGGGAAGUGUUCGGCAGCGACAAUCUCACGGAGGUGUACCUGGAGGAUGCCAGGGACUACCUAGUCGGCGCCACGGAGCAAAAGAUGGCGCUGUCGGACGACUUCUUCAAGGUGUACUAUCCGAGCUUCGGCGACUUCGUGGCUCGCCUGACGGUGACCAAUCAGUGGGGCGUGAGCGGUAUCUCGGACCUGUUCCUGCACAUCAACAAGCCUCCCGAGAACGGCAUCUGCUCCUUCGAGCCUCAGGAAGGACGUGCCCUCAUGGACAAGUUCAAGGCAUCGUGCUCAGACUGGAGCGACCCCGAGGGACUCGACAUUGAGUUCUUCGCCUUCUGGGUGCGCAACGUGGCCAACGAGGCGUUGACAUUCCUGACGUACGGUCCAGACAGUGAGGUAACCCUCGUGCUGCCCUACGGCGAGUACCAGGUGGGUGCCGACGUCAAGGACAAGGAAGGGGCCACCACGCGCGUCAACAUGACCACCAUCUCGACUUACCUGCCCACCCGGCAAGAGUUCGAGCGUUACCUGGGCGAGCGCUCGCUGGACAACGCGGACGCCGCCGGAGACCAGGCGCGCAUGAACCAGAUGUCGCAGGCCAUCACGUCGCUCAUGAACGUGCGCCUGCCCGACGAGUUUGAGAAUGAGAUCAACUAUUCAGACCCUGCGGUGCUGGACCGUGAGCUAGAGGAGCAGGCCCUGCUGAGGGCCAAAAUGGUACGCUCCGUGUCCUCCAUCAUGAACGUGGACACACUGAGCAGCCUGGAGCAGGUUGGCAGCGCCCUCACCGCCAUCGCCGGAGACGGAAAUGGCGUCGACAACGAGGGAAAGGAGGUGAUCAUCAAACUGCUGAAAAAGACCGUGUCGCUCGCUUCCAACUUGAAGGUGGAAGCACCCCAGCAACUUCUCGACUUUUGCAUGUACGCUGUCGGCACCAUGGGAGGCAUCGUCUCGCGCAUGACUCAGCAACUCAUCUCGGGCAUAGUAAUGCCCACGGACCGAGCCAAGGCCGUCAACAUCGAGUACGACACCGAGAUCGCGCUGGAAGGAGAACCCGAAAAAGAGAGCCUCUUCGACGGGACGGUUCCUAUGGACGUCGCCUUAGCGAGAGCCGUUGUCCUCAAUGAAAGAAAGGAGGCCGAGCGCCAGAUCAGCACCAUGGUGGAUCUGACCAUCGACCUGGUGUUGGCCAUCCUUCGGAAUAUCAUCGUCGGAGAGAAACCCCUGGAGUUUCGCGCGCCCAGCGGUCUUGGCCUUACCAUAUCCAUGUUCAGCGGUGGAGCGCUGAGCGGUCGAGCCAUUCAGCACGGCGACGCGGUGUACGUCUUUCCCGGAAUCUGUGACGUCCUCGCCAGCCGACCAACAUGCGCCGGGAACGAGACUCUCGGCGUCAUGGCUGUGUCGUGGCCGUCGAUCCUGCAGUCCUUCGGCGGCAGCGUGGACGUGCUGUCCGAGGACACGCAGACGUUGCAGUUGGUCAUCCUGGACGAAAACCUGUACCGCGUGGACGUCAGCAACACCACCGACUACUUCGAGAUCAUCGUGCCGCGCAAAAGGGCCAAGGAUAAUACAACGGGCCUCCCGGAGCCGACAGAGUUUGCGCCGCAGGUGAAGUGGAACGAGGAGAUGGUGUACCACCAGUUCGUGGUGCCCAAGCCGGACUCCGCCGUCAACAUCGAGAUUACGCCGCAUGACCCGAGCUCGCAGUUCCUCGUCUACAUCAAGCACAGGGUCAAGCCACAGCUCAACGCCUACGACCUCAUGGUCAACUUGUCCACAAUACGCAGUACCAACGGCACGUACGACAUAUUCCUGGACAACGCUCUCAUUGCCAACCGAACUGGCUUCUUCUACCUGGGCCUGGUCCAGCCAAACGGCAGCGUUCCCGAGUUCAGCAUGGACGACCCGGUCAACCUAACCCUGUCGGAUGUGAGCCGGGAGUUCAGCACAAACUACUCCGUGCGCAUCUACACCUCCGGAUGUUACUUCUUCAACUCGAAGACGAAGACGUGGUCGGCCGACGGUUGCUUCGUGGCGAACGCCAACUACGCGGUGACCAGGUGCAAGUGCAACCACUUGACCUCGUUUGGCAGCGGCUUCUUCGUGAUGCCCAACACGAUCGACUUCUCGUACGUGUUCGCCAACGCGGGCUUCGCCGACAACGUCACCAUUUACAUGACCGUCGUAGUCACAAUGCUUGUCUACGUCGUGCUUCUCAUCUGGGCACGCUACGAGGACAGGAAAGACGUCGAGAAGCUCGGAGCACUGCCCCUGCAAGACAAUGAUCCCAAGGACAAGUAUAUUUACGAAAUCGCCGUAUUCACGGGUGACAAGAAAGGAGCAGCUACGGAUUCAAAUGUGUUCUUCAUCCUCUCUGGCGAUGAUGACGAAACAGAAGUGCGCACUUUUGGGGAACAGAAGCGAAAGAUAUUCCGGAAAGGUGCCGCGGAUACUUUCGUUAUGACAGUUCCUCGGCCUCUCGGUCGCCUGAACUACAUGCGCAUCUGGCACGACAACAGCGGCAAGGCAUCGAUGCGCUCCUGGCACCUGCGCUUCAUUUCGGUGCGCGACGUGCAGACCAACGCGCGCUACGACUUCAUCGCCAACAAGUGGUUCGCCGUCGAGAAGGAAGACGGCCUUACGGACCGCUUGCUGCCCGUGGCCGGCAAGGACGAGGCGACCGAGUUCAGCCACCUGUUCCAGCUCAAGUCUCAAAAGAACCUCGCCGACGGCCACCUGUGGUUCAGCGUCUUCAUGCGCCCGCCAAAGAGCCGCUUCACGCGCGUCCAGCGCGUCUCGUGCUGCGUGGCGCUCCUCUACCUGUCCAUGCUGGUGAAUGCCAUGUGGUACGGCCGCGUGCCCUCCAAACCAUCGGCAUCGGCAGUCAACGUUGGCCCUUUCUCGCUUAGCCCAGAACAGGUGGGCGUGGGCAUCAUGGCCAACCUGAUCGUGUUCCCGCCAACCUUCCUGAUGAUCACGCUCUUCCGGAGGUCUCGCCUGCGACGCAAGAGACCCAACAGGAUCACCGAGGCCCUCCGCCAGAAAAGAGACUCGCUGGUGGUGAGCCGCGCCUCGUCGGCGGCGGCGUCCAAGCCGCUAGGCCGCGCCGGCAAGUCCGAGUCGACGAUGCAGCUGACCGAGACCGAGCUGAACGACGUCUUCGAGGAGAAGGCCUUCGCCCAGAGGCGCCGCCUGCAGCAGGGCAGGCGCAAGCGAAAGGGCAAGUUCAUGUUCCCCUGGUGGUGCCGCUACGUGGCCUGGUUCCUCUGCCUGGCCUCCAUCUUCGUCUCGGUGUUCUUCAUCUGGGCCUACGGCGUCCAGUUCGGCGACGAGAAGACCCGCAAGUGGAUCACCUCUCUGCUUGUCUCCUUCUUCAUGUCCGUGCUCAUCACCCAGCCCAUCAAGGUGUUCCUGCUGGCCAUCAUCUUCUCGAGCCUGUUCAAGUCUCCGGACAAAGACGACGACGAAGCGGAAGAAGAUGAAGAAGAACCCGAGCUCCUCGAGCACGAGGAGUGGCUGCACAGCGGUGACGAGGCCAUCGCACUCGCAGACGCGCCGAACCACCGGCGGCGACGACUGUACAAGCCGCAGAAUAGCUGGGAGCUGGACCGCGUCCGCGAAGAACGUCUCCGGGAGCUCAAAAUGGCGGCCAUUCUGCGAGAGAUUGGCAGCUACCUCUUCUUCCUGUGGAUCCUCACCGUGCUGUCGUACGGAAACAGGGACCCCAGCGCCUACUUCCUGCAGCAGAGCCUCAGACACGAGUUCGUCGACAAUGGAAAGUUCAUGGAGAUCUCCAGCGCCCAGCAGUUCUGGAAGUGGUCGCGCGAGGUGCUGGUGCCCAACCUGAAGGCCGGCCCAUGGUACAAUGGAGAACAGCCAUUCGGACUGCGUGGAUUCCUCGGGGACAGGGUGAACCGCAUCAUGGGAUUCGCAGCGAUCAGGCAGAUACGCGCUCGGCCCCACUCGUGUCGAGUGGAGAAGCUCAUGCGCAACCUCGUGGACGAGUGCCGCGGCCAGUCGAACCUGCUGAACGAGGACAAGCUGAGCUACCAGCCAGGCUGGAAAGAAGUAGCUGACCCCAACAGCCCCGUGGACGAGUGGCACCACCGGAGAGCCAAGGAGCUGAACGGACUUCCCUUCUGGGGAAAGCUGGACGUGUACGGCGGAGGCGGGUACCUGGUGCCGCUGCGAGGCUCCAACCAGAAGAUCAUCGACAAGCUUAACCAGCUGGAGAAGGCAGACUGGAUCGACGGUGGCACCAGGGCCGUAUUCGUCGAGUUCAGCGCUUACAAUGCCCAGGUGAACUUGUUCGGCGUGGUGACGAUCUUGGCCGAGUUCCAUCCGGGAGGUGGCCUGAUCCCCAACGUUCGCAUCGAUGCCAUCCGGCUGAUGCGCUACCACCAGGGCUUCGGCUUGUUCGUGCUGCUCUGUGAGCUCGUGUUCGUCGGCUUCGUCGUGUACUUCUCGGUGCACGAGUUUCGCACCUUCCUCAACCUGCGGGCCGACUAUUUCCGCAGCUACUGGAACAUCGCAGAACUGGUGGCGCUCGGGCUCUCCUACUCGGCCAUGUUCUUCUACAUAUCGCGCAUGAUUGUCACCAACAAGAUACUCAAGACCUUCGAGCGCAGCCACGGGAACGGCUACGUCAAGCUGCAGGUGGUGGCGGCUAUCGACGAGCUCUUCGGCUACCUGAUGUCCUUCCUGAUAUUUAUCUGCAUUCUCAAGUUCACCAAGAUGCUACGCUUUAACAAGCGCAUCGGGAUCCUCUACAGCACGUUAGCCCAAUGCUCCAGGGACCUCAGUUCCUUCUUCGUAGUCUUCUGGGUCACCUUUCUCGCCUUCGUGCAGGUGUUUUACAUCCUGUUGGGGACCAAGAUGGCGGAGUUCUCGACUUUUGUCACGGCUGCCGAAACAGCGUUCGACAUGGCGCGAGGCCAAUUCAAGUUCGACGACAUCGCCAUGGCUUCGCCUGUCGUCGGACCAUUUGUCUUCUUCGUGUUCGCCCUCGUGACCUCCGUCAUCCUGCUCAACAUAUUCGUGACGCUCAUCAUCAGUUCCUUCCAGUCCGUGAAGGAAGACGUCGAAAAGCAGUGCAACGACUUCGAGAUGGUCAGUUACGUGGGCAAGAAGUUCAAGGGAUUCCUGGGACUGGCUUCGGCAGACCUCGAACCCGACACGUCCAAGCCACCCACGCUGGAGUCACAGAUCAGUACCUUCCCGGAGAAAGUGGACCGGCUCCUGUUCUACAUCAACGACAUGUACUUCGACGGCCAGCUCGACCUGUCGGGAAAACGGGCCCUGCGCGCACUGUACAAGGCACCAGAGCCCACACCGGCUCAGCAGGCGCCCUUGCAAGGGGCAAUGCUCGACUGGAUGGAAGUGUCCGACGAGCCACUAGACGAACCGCAGACCGCGCCGCGACGGAGGAAGAAGAAGCGCUUCUAAGCCGCUGGCCUUGUAUGCACUCGGAAACCUGGAGUCCUCUCUAAUUUGUCUCGAUGUCGUACGGCUUGAGUGUGGAAUGCUAUAUGGUCCCAGGCUAUGAACAUUUCAGUUUUUGUUAGAAAUUGGGUGCUGCUAUUGAAACAGCGUACGGGUGGCACCCACGGUGACGCUUUUUUUUUUUGGGCCCACACAGUUACAUGUAUACGUACACCAGGUGUCGAAAGCGCACGGACCGCGAAGUGUAAGAAAAGCUGAAUAUUUCUGCAGCCUGGUCACGCAUUCCGGUAUUCGGAGUACCAGCUUGCGAACAACAGUGGGUUACAGGCGAACAGCAGUGGGUUGUACUGCCUACGGUCACGAACUCUUCGGAAAUUCAACAUUUUCUUAGAUCCAUUGCAUGGCCCGUAAAAUUUUGACACUGACUGUACUAUUUUAAGAAUGGCUUGCAGACUGCGAACUUUAUCCAAGCAGUCACAGACAAUGUGCGAAGAGUUCCUAGUUAACACCGUAUGUCAGGCCCCAUUGCGUUAGAAGCGCUCAGCAGUAACAGUUGACGUUUCCAAAACGCUGUUUAAACCUGCACUGUUUACGCUGUAUGGGUGCUUCCAGCUUGCACCAACCGAUCUGUGUACGAAAGAUGCCUGACACCGUUGACAGAUGUUCCCUGCUUCGGCGACGUUCUGCUAAACGACGCUCCCGGAUAAAUGGAUGAUUGACGCCAGAUUUUCGAGUGUGCUCUGUUCGAUCGAAGUUGCGCGUGUUUUACAUGUGAAAACGGGUUGGCUGUUUCAUAACAGCAUUCUUCUUCAGCGUGUAAGCGCAGCAAAGACGUCGCAAAAGUAGUAGUACUAUGUCUUUACAGUCACGCACGUGGAAAUUUUGCGUAAUCUUCCCACACAGCUGCCAUUUGCACAAGCUCUUUCAUUAUGUUACGCAAUCACUGAGAUUCUGUUCGUGUUUCAACAGCAGUAACCUUGCUUAACUUGCAUCGGAAAGCGUUUAUUGACGCAUGUUAAUUCCCGGCUAAAUAAAUGCUCUGUCGUGAUUGUUAAAACCUUAUUCGCUUUCUUUUUCGCAGCUGUUUCAACAGGGCUAAUACAGAUGUUCUCCACAAUGUAUUUUCUUUCUUGGACUAAAAAAAUAAAUGUAGGAUAUCGGAGCAUGCCUACGUAAUGAGAAGAAAACAUGGCAAAUUUCACGCUUAACCGAUAAUUUGUUGAAUGGUUUUCACCGAAGCACCAACACUAAAUUUAUUCAAUAUUAGUCACGCGACCUGGAGCACGUGCUCGAUGUUGGCUCUGCGAAGAUGAUCUGGGCCCGAAACAAGGUUAGACAGAAACACCAUUUUAUGCGUGAUCUGUAAAUGACAUCAACUAAUAUAAAAUUAUCAGAGUUGAGAUCACGUGAACGUUGUGCCCAAACGACCAGACACUCGUCCUUGGCUGAAGCCCUUCCAAUCCAGAUCUCGCGGUACACAGUUGCUCGUUUACGGCAUCGGCAACCCUCAAAAUGGAAGGCAUUUGAAUCCUGUUGAUCUCUGAGCUCUUAGGCAGACGGGAAAUCUUCCGCGAGCUUAGCAUAUCGAGGAGUAUGUUAAAGUUCAUGCAACAAUAAGGAAGGCCUCCUAGAUGUUUCUAUGACAGUAUCCAGAAAACAUUUACUGCUAAAAAAACCAGUCAAUGUUCCCAAAGCGAAAUAUUGGUGGUCUCACACGUGAAUAUGAAAGAUUAUUUACUGUUCAACAUGAAGAAAUAAUUGUGAUCAUUAUUGCUAUACUUACGCGCAAUGGGACCAAUCGGAGAUAUCAUAAAUGUUUUCUGCAGGUUUAGGUAACCCUGACUUCUCGUUGGGCUUUAGGCCACGCUUAUAUCACUAUAGAUACCGGUGUACGUGCUCAGUAUACAAGAUGUUUUUUUUUUUCUUGCGUCAACAGUGUACAAAAGUAAAUGUUCCAAGUUGUGGUGAGAGCGCUGCACCUCCUCCGUCCUUACGAAUUUACACUUGAACGGAGGUUCGACUUAACAGCUGAUGCUUGUCACUUGAGUGACUUGCGACUAUUCCUCUCAUAGUAUAUGGAACGACCACCAUUCGUUAGAGGCUUAUCGUACAGGCAAUCGUUUCCUUUCGUGCUGUCACUAAAUUUCAAGCAUGUUCCAGCCUGCGCACGUGUGGCUUGCCAGAAACUUCCGCACUCAAAACGAGUUACCCGAAGGCACCCUGGUCUUCAUUUUUUUUUUCGCACGCAGCUGUACAUAAUGUCAAUAAAAUAUAAUUAUUGUUCACAAA